GGGGGCGGAUCCUCCGAACAGAGUCGGUCUGUAGAGGCUCGGCAGGACCGGACCAGGACGGACCAGCACGGACCAGCACAGACCCGAGUGUUGUUGUGAACCAGCUCUAAAAACACCCCUCUGGAGGAGAGGGACAGCAGCGAGAAAGAUGGCGGAUGUUGGCGGCGACGAACCCCGCUCCGCGCCCCCCAAGACAUCCCGCCUCGGUCCGGGCUCCAGCAGCUCCACCAGCUCCACCGCGGGCCCCGGCUCCGCCACCACCACCGCCGUCGCGGCCACCGUCAUGUCGGGUCCCCGCACGGUGCGGAUCGUCAAGUCCGAGUCCGGCUACGGCUUCAACGUCCGCGGCCAAGUGAGCGAGGGCGGGCAGCUGCGGAGCAUCAACGGGGAGCUGUACGCUCCGCUGCAGCACGUCAGCGCCGUGCUGCCCGGGGGCGCCGCCGACCGAGCCGGCAUCGGCAAGGGGGACCGGAUCCUGGAGGUCAACGGGGUUAGCGUGGAAGGUGCGACCCACAAGCAGGUGGUGGACCUGAUCCGUGCGGGGGAGAAGGAGCUGGUUCUAGCCGUGCUGUCUGUUCCACCUCAGGAAGCUGAUGGAUUGGAAGGAGUGGAGGAAAUCCAACCCAACUACGACUACAGCGACAAGCAAGCUGUGCCCAUUUCUAUUCCUACAUACAAGCAUGUGGAACAGCACUCUGAGAGGUUUGUGGUGUACAAUGUGUACAUGUCAGGUAGACAGUUGUGCUCAAAACGCUACCGUGAGUUUGCCAUCCUGAACCAGAACCUGAAGAGGGAAUUCUCCAACUUUAACUUCCCAAAGAUUCCUGGUAAAUGGCCCUUUACCCUCUCUGAGCAACAGCUGGACGCUCGUCGUCGAGGCCUGGAGGAAUAUCUGGAGCGAGUGUGUUCUGUUCGGGUGAUUGGGGAGAGUGAUAUAAUGCAGGAGUUUCUGUCGGAAUCAGAUGAGAAUUACAACGGAGUGACAGAUGUGGAACUGCGGAUAGCGCUGCCAGACAAGACCACCAUCUCUGUCAGAGUCCGUAAAAACAGCACCACGGACCAGGUGUACCAGGCAUUAGUGAUGAAAGUUGGAAUGGACAGUAUAAUGGCAAGCUACUUUGCCCUUUUUGAAGUUAUCAAUCAUUCCUUUGUGAGGAAGCUGGCGCCCAACGAGUUCCCCCACAAGCUUUAUGUGCAGAACUACACGUCAGCUGUUCCAGGAACUUGUUUAGCGCUCCGAAAAUGGUUGUUUAGCGUCCAGGAGGAGGAGUUUCUCAGAGAUAACCCUCUAGCACUGCACUACUGCUUCCACCAGGCACUGGAUGAUGUGAAGAAGGGAUUCAUAAAAACAGAGGACAAAUCCUACCAGCUGCAGAAACUGGCAGAGCAGCGCAAGAUGGCUACGUACCUGAACCUGCUGCGGUCGUGUGAGGGCUACAACGAGGUGGUGUUCCCCCACUGCUCCUGCGACUCCAGGAGGAAGGGCCACGUCAUCACAGCCAUCAGCAUCCAUCACUUCAAGCUGCACGCUUGUACCGAGGACGGCACGCUGGAGAACCAGGUGAUAGCGUUUGAGUGGGCAGAGAUGCAGCGCUGGGACACGGACGAGGAGGGGAUGGCUUUCUGCUUCGAGUACGCCAGAGGAGAGAAGAAACCUCGCUGGGUUAAGAUUUUUACUCCAUAUUUCAACUACAUGCACGAGUGUUUCGAGCGAGUCUUUUGUGAGCUGAAAUGGAGGAAACAGGUUGAGGAAGAGGCAUCUGAUAAAGACAACAAAAACUGCAGUAACAAUGACUAUCUGCCUCCUCUGGAGACGCAACAGAAGGGAUGGUGCCAUCUAGGGGGCGAGAUUGCAACUUCCUAAAAACCAUUUCUCAUCACUCAAACUAGAACUGAUCCACUUGCAUCAUCACAGCCGACCCAGAGAGAGAGCCCAUCGACAAACAAACAGUGACCGGAGCGGCGGACCGAGGGGCCUCCCUGCCCUGGAAACUACCGGGAAGUGACCGAUUUCACAAUCCCAAAUAGUCACACAGAAUCCAAAUCCAGGGAUACGGAAGAAGAGGAAGAAGAGCGAUGAAGGAAAAUAAGCAUAAGCCAGCAUUCAUGUAAUUUUCUACAUCUUCAUAGUUUGUCGGACCCCCCCACCCCCCAAUACUCUAUCAUGUGGGCUGCAACACGAGCAAAGUUUCACUGCUGGGUGAGAUGAAUCGGAACAGUGUGACUAGUCAGGGUUAGUACAGUACUGUACUGUACUGUAGGAACUGUUUGUGCAGCGGCGGCGCCUAAAAGAAACGGCAUGAAUGAGCCGACUUAUGGAAGGCAAAUGUGAAAUAGUGUUUUUUUCAGACAGGCCUCUUAGUCCGCACGGGCUUCGGACGGCGAACCGAGUUAACAGGGAGGUACGUUGAAAAGAUUUUGAUUUUCUUGUGUUUUUUUUCUUCUCCCCACAGUCAGUGAUAAAGGAGUGACAGAAACAGAAAAGGAUGCUCCAUACUAAUGCUGGACAUGAACACAAAAAUAAUUCUUCCUAGUUUCUGGGGUCCUUCGUGUGCUUUUUUUCAUCUGAAAACACAGGGAGCACAAAUGUAACAAUAGCGGAAUGGAUGUGUUAAUGAUUAUUUGUAUGUUUAACAAUCACCUGAGAAAGUAUAGAUUAAUAUAAGAGCUGUAAAAAUUGGGUUCUUGAUGCUCAAACUAGGGCUGGGCGAUUUUGGACAAAAAUAAAAUCCCGAUUUUUUUUUUUUUUUUUUUUUUUUUUUUUUUUUUUUCUCUGAAAACCCGAUUUUGAUUUUGAUUUUUUUGGUAAAACUACAAAAGACAAUGGAAUACAUUUUUUCAAAUAUUUUAUCUUUAUUUUUAAAGAAAAAUAGCAAACACAUUUCCCUAUUGGGAAUGAAGUGCAAUUGAAAGAUACUGUAAAUCCUCCUUGAGUUUAGUAAAGUGACAACAUUUACAAUUUUCUUCACCAAACAAAGAUGACUAGACGAGCUCUGUCUGUAAUGCAGCCAGCUGUAAAAAAGGAAAAUCCAUUUUCCUUUUUUCCUUUUUUUAACAUCGUCUUGAUUAAUAAAUCCAAUUUAGAUUUAAAAUCGAUUAAUCGCACAGCCCUAGCUCAAACUAAUCUCAGAUUUUUCCCUCUGGCAGUCAGAUUGAUUAAUCUCACAAAAACAAUAUUUAUCCCAGGUUUAUUGUGCCGACUUUAGCGCAGUUUGGAAAGUUGAGAAAAAGAAGGCUGUUUUCUCAGGUUUGCAGGAAUAAUCUAUUGAACAAAUGUUAAUGGGACAUAGCACCUUAUACGCAGGCGAUCUUACUGACAGAUUUGUGAAUAUAAACCACAACAGAAUUUCUGAGUUUAUACACACGCCAGGCUGCAGUUUCCAGAACAGACGACAGAGAGCAGCAGAAGCUAAGACUGUGUCUGCUCCUGCGAGCUGGACUGGAAUUCCUCUGAGCUGCUCAGCAUCGUCAUCCCUCCGGGUCUGUAACUCACCCACAAGUAUUACUCCCCUGCAGCUUCUCCAUUAACCAGGUCAGGAGGAAACACGCUGCCAGUCGUACCGAGGGGAAAUGGUUAGUGACGUUGUGUAACUGUAACGAUGCAAGUAUCUGUCUGACUCCUACUACACAUCGAUACAGUAUUAGUCGUGUGCAUCUGCACAUAAUAUAUGAUUUUUACAAAUUAACUACACAUUUUUUUUUUGUGAAUUUCACUUCUUUUCUCUCACUUUAUAGGUUUGUGUGUUUUAACUUUUAUUUUUCUACUGCAGGUGUUUAACAACUUUGUCUCACCCAAACUGUUUACAAAGCAUGACUACAUGCAGAUUGAUAAAUUUCCUCUAUAUGGAGACAGUAUGCAUAAAUGUAUUGAUUUCAAGUUUUGUCUAAGUACAGAAGCUUUUGUUUAUCUCAACUAAUCAAUUACUGAUUAAUUACCCACAGUCUGGCACUGACGUUAAACCUCAAGUUUAGAAACACUUUGUCAUUUACACCAAGUGUUGAAGGUUCAAGCUUCUCUUGUGCAGGUUUUUUCUUUCCUUUACCGUUUGAACUUAACGUUUCAGCUCGAUAAAGGUUUAUUUAAUGCUCAGAUUUAGUCACUUACCUCAGAGCGCGCUGGUGUGUGUUGCCACGGUGUCCUCUGUUUAUCAUUGAGGUUGCUGAUAAGCUUUUAGGCUCUGAUUUAACGACAGCAAAUGAAGAUGGGGUUUCGUAUUUAUAGACCAGAGACACCUGACAAAUUUAUACAAAUGAGAAGUGUCUGCUGUCGUCUAGCUCGUGUUCAGAGCUGCCGUCUUGCUUUUACAGCAUCGACACACUCGCAUCCCCGUCUCUCGGCUUCACUGUGACAAAAUUGUUAAGUGCAGCACAAGAUAUUUGUCAUCCAUUUGUCAUUGCCCCCUCAGUUAUGCUAAAGCUUAUAGCAACACUGUAAUAGAACGCAUGUAGCACCCUAUAAUGUAAUAAUUACCUGAAAAUGUAAUAACGCCUGAAAAUGUAAUAAGAUUUGCCCUUAACUCAAUCGAAAAUGUAAUAACUUCCCCAAUAAUGUAAUAACUUCCCCAAUAAUGUAAUAAAAUAUCCUGACUGAUAUUGUAAUAACAUUUUUACCAAUAAUGUAAUACCUUAUUACAUUAUUGGGAAUUUAUUACAUGGUACUCAAAGUCUGCAAUUUAACCCAAUAGUCAUUCUGGUGUUUCAAAUCCAGCGUAUAUAACAUUCUUAGAUACUUAAAACACAAAACGUAGAACUCUGGACUGGAAAUGAACAUAUAUAUUACAUUAUUUGUCAAGUAUUACAUUAUCAGUUUUGGAAAAAAAAAGAAGUCAAAAGAAGUUGAAAAUUCCAUUAUUAAAACUGUAAAAUCUGCCAGAAUAAAGGGAACAUUUUCAGCACAUUCAGCACCUGAAAAUGUAAUAAAUUCCCAAUAACGUAAUAAGGUAUUACAUUAUCGGUAAAAAUGUUUUUACAAUAUCAGUCAGGAUAUUUUAUUACAUAAUUGGGGAAGUUAUUACAUUAUUGGGUUUUAUUAUAUUUUCGAUUGAGUUAAGUGCAAAUUUUAUUACAUUUUUAGGCGUUAUUACAUUUUCAGGAAAUUAUUACAUUAUAGGGUGCUACAACGCGUGUUUUACAUACAUGCAUACUUUGCAGAUAUUUCGACUAAGAGCCAAAUUCGCAGAUGUGCGGAUUGCUGGAUUUUUUUAUUUUUUUAUUUUUUUUACAGCAAAGGUAACGGCCAAUUUAGACACGGGUGAUGAAGGAAUUUGAGCCGUUGAAACGUGAGGCCGCCUGUUGUGCUGCCUCGUCUGUGCACUGCUCUGACUUUCUCCAGGUUGGUCUCCCAUCAUCACAGGGGGAUGCGGUUGCCGUGGCAGCAACACGUUGGCUCAACACGCUCAGUGCAGCCUCUGUUCUUUCUUUUUUUUUUUUUUUUUAUUCCUUUCAGCCAACUGACUCACUCCUCCUAGUAAUGUAUUCAGACAAGUGUUUUUUGCUGUUUGAUGUUUGUUCAGGGUCCCCAUGGCUUGUACCACUGUGAAUAGACUUUUUGGAAACUGUUUUUCUUUCUCUUUUUCGUGGUGAGAUCUGUCUCGUCUGCGCCAGGUGACGUGUGCUCGGUCACAGGCAGGUUCUUUUUUAGCUGAAAAACAGUUAUUAUUGUCCCCCUUUUCAUUUGUAAGUUGAAUAUUAUAAAGUGAAAGCGAAAAAGGUGGCGGGAAUGUAAAGAUUGUUGUACAGAUGCCUGUGUUUGAUAUUGUGUUUGAGAUUGUUUGAAUAGCCUGAGCUUAUAACUGAAUGAAGAUUUAUCAAAAGAAGAAUUUCAGGUCGGACUCAAAUGAAAGAAUGUUGAAUGAUUAUAUAAAAAAAAACAAAGUCUAUAUGUGUGGGUCCACAUGUGGGGCUUUAGAUGCUGUUGCUGUAGCAACACAUGAGUUUUUCUGGUGUCAUAUCAAAUCAGCACAGAUUUCAGUAUGUCUUUUCUAUUAGUUUGUACUCUGCAGCACUCCAGUGAGUCAAAUGUCUUUUUUCUCGAAGCCGCUCGUACCCGGGCGUUGAUAAUUCAGUCACUAAAAGUAUGUCUCAUCAUCAGCACUUGUUUGUGGACUCAGCAUUCGUCAGUCUCUGGCAUGCACAUCUGGCUCAGAGCACAUUUAGCUGCUAGAGUUCCCAUUUUUAGCCUACGUGUCCUACUUACGACUAACGUGACGGGUGGAUGCAAGUCCUGUUUAUAAAAGUGUUUGUCUACUUGUAAUUAUCUGUUCACUGCUUUGAAAUACGAAGCCUCUUCUUUUUUUUUUAAUGGCAGGAUGGUGAUGCCAAUAAUUAAAAAAGCUAAGCUUUGUUCGUUUGUCUUGAGCUUGACUUGUAAAAUGUUGUUUUUAAAAAGAAAGAGUAUCUGUCUGACAAAAAAAAAAAAAAAACGAAAUGCACUCUUAUUUCUCCAAGUUGGAAACUUUUUAUUUAUUUAAACAAAAAUUAUUAUAACGAUUGGAGAAAUUAUAGUGUAUGACGACUUUGAGCCACAGCUUCCUCACCAUUAGUGGGAACGAGCUACACGGAGGAUGAGCCAAACUCACAAGGGGUUUUAAAUAAACUACACGCCGUUUCUCAUUUACUAAGUGUGUAAAGACGUCCAUUAACACAAGGCAAGAACUAAGCUUAAAAUAAAUAAAUAAAAUCAUAAGUUUUAUAUCUAAAAAAACACCCUCUAUGGUUUACUAACCAGUAUUUAAAAAACAAAAAUGAAAAAAAACAACAACUUUUGAAUAUGUUGUGUAGAGUAAUAAAUUGUAACAAUAUUUUAAAUAAAGAUAUAUAUUGGGAAA